AUGAACGAAGCGAAAAGACUAAAAUUAGAAGUGUCAACGAAAGCUGCGUUAACUCCAGUUUUAGCGGACGAUUUAACCCAGGAAUUGCCACUUAUCGAAGUUUAUUUAGCCACAAUCAAGGACCCCAAAACCAUAUCCAGGGUUGUAGUUGAGUUGAAUUCACUGUUGCCAGUUCCCGAACUCACUCAUCUGAAGCGAGUCAAAGGGAGGGAAAUUCUACUUUUCCCCAAGGAAAUUGUGGAGAGGGAUAAUGUCACAAAAUUUUUGUCUGGAAAAGGGUUCAAUACCAACCUAAUUGAGAGUGACAUCAAAGUGGGGAAAGUGGCCCAAAUCGCGCCAAAAGUGCGCAAGCAGUACGAAGUGGUCCACAAGCUGUGGCCGUGCAAUUUCCACAGCAAUCCCUACCUGGAAAAGCUCAGCACGAAUUCGCUUUUCACGCAAAGUGAGUUGGAAAAGCACGCUGAGUUCAUGAGGAUUGCGAUCGAUAUUUGCGAAAUCACGGGAGUUAGGGAGAGUGCAGUUGUGGUUGAUCCUGUUGGUGGCACCGUUGUGGCUUUUGGGUUCGACUUGACCCAGGAAUACCCUGUCAAGCAUGCCGUGAUGGUGGCCAUUGACGAGGUGGCAAGGACUCAGAAAGGAGGCGUCUGGGAGAGACACCAGGACUACGAAAAAAUUCAGACUUUCGUUGAAACGAAAUACAAGAAUUUGGGGUUUGGGUUCAGCAAUUCGGCCGAGGGUCCCUACCUGUGCACCGGCUAUUCCGUUUAUUGUACCACUGAACCGUGCAUCACUUGUGCCAUGGCUCUGGUGCACAGUCGCGCGAAACGGGUUUUCUACGGUGUCAAAAGUGCCAAAGGUGCUUUGGGGAGUUUGUGCAAAAUUCAUGUAGUGGAGAAUUUGAACCAUCAUUACGAGGCGUUUUCCGGACUGUUGGAAGAGGAAUGCCGAGCUUGA